UUUUUGAAAUUGAUGCGUAUUUUGAUAGUGUAACGUGUAUGGUUUUUAAAAAUGCAAGAUUGUUGGAAUGUUGUUAAUUAUUGAAAAAUAAUGUAUUUGAAUAAGAAAUAAUGAAAUAAUAUUUAUAUUAAGUAAAAAAUUUAUAUAUAUUAUUCUUGAAAGUGAAUGGAAAUGAAAGUAUGAAAUCGUUGCCGUACUGAGAUUGAAUAUCCUUGCAAAAUUAUGAAUUAAAAUAUAUGGAUUAUUGUAAUAAAUGUAUAUCAAAAGUAUUAUAAUUCAGAAAUAGUUAUUCCAUAAAUAAACCAUAGCUUAACCUUAAAGAUAAAUCAAAUGAUGCAAAUUUAUACAAUAAUAAAAUUCAUAAUAUUAUAUGACAUAACAAAGUAAUCAUUUUAGCAAAAAUGAAAGUUACAGAUAAAAGAGUAGACCAAAGUAUUAUUACAUUAUUUUAUAUUCUUAUUAUUGGACCUUCUUCCAUUGUAUUAUUUUUGUAUGGAUUUUUCCCUUUAACAAAUUAUGAUAACACAAUAGCGACUGAGAAUGAUAUUCCAAAAUAUAUAGAAAAUGUGAGAAUAAAAGUAGAAACAUUGUAUCAACCAAUGGUAAAAAGAGUGAUCAUAAUGGUUAUUGAUGCUUUGAGGUGGGAUUUUAUAACAGGAUCAAUUGGAAAAGUGGCUAUGCCUAUAACAAGUAGUCUUAUAGCAAAUUCUUCAGCAUGUUUGUUUCAAACUAAAGUACAUUCACCAACUGUUACAAUGCCACGAAUAAAGGCAAUAACAACUGGUGUAAUUCCUAAUUUUAUUGAUGUGGUUUUAAAUUUUGGGAGUAAACCAGUUACUAGUGAUAAUAUACUGCUUCAAGUAACAAAAUAUGGCUACAAAUCAGUAUUUUACGGGGAUGAAACUUGGCUUAUGUUGUUUCCCUCUAUAUUUAAACGUUAUGAUGGUACUACAUCGUUUGUUGUAACAGAUUUUACAGAGGUUGACAACAAUAUAACUAGACAUUUACAUAAAGAAUUAUAUGACAAUACUGACUGGUCUGUAAUGAUUCUUCAUUACUUGGGACUUGAUCAUAUUGGUCAUGUUCAUGGGCCAUUUAGUCCACUGAUUAAAACAAAACUUAAUGAAAUGGAUACAGUAAUUAGAAAAAUUCAAACAAAGAUCAAAGAAUGGAAUCAAAAUAAUGAUUCUUCUUUGUUUAUUAUCUGCGGAGAUCAUGGAAUGAAAGAUUCUGGAGGACAUGGUGGCUCGACAAUAUCAGAAACAAUUGUGCCUUUCAUUGCAAUUGGUGCUGAUUGUAUGCAAAAUGAAAAUCAUUUUACUAAAAUAGAUCAAGUGGAUAUUGCAUCUACAUUGUCUACAGUUCUGGGUAUUCCAAUACCACACUGUAAUUUAGGAAGUGUAUUUUCGGAUUCUUUAUACAAUUUGUCCACAUCAAAGAAAUUGUAUAUACUGUAUUAUAAUGCCAAGCAAGUGUUCAAUCAUUUUCAGAAAUUGAUGGACUAUCAGUCGGAAUAUGCAUAUAAAAAAUAUAUAGAAGCAAUAAAACUUCAUUCUGCGUGGUUGAAUACUAAGGAUCAUCCAAAUGACAUGACAGAUGAUAUUACAACUUCCUAUAAGACUGCACUUAAGGGAAUGAAAGAACUUCUUAUAAAUAAUAUGAUAAAAUAUGACUUCCAUAUAAUAACAGUGGCCAUAUUUUUUUUAAGUCAUAUAAUUUGCAUCUUAUUAAGAAAUAAUACUUACACAUUAAGUAGUCCAAAAAGUACCAUUUUAUUGAUUAUUUUAAAUAUAGUUCUUUGGAUAGCAGUAAAUCAUUUUUGGAACUUUGAAGACACAUCGUUACUCUUUUCGAAAAAUUUAAUUAGCUUUCUAAUAGUAUUAUUUAUAAUCAGUACUUUGGUUAUCAAUUGUUGCUUACUUGCCAAUAGUAAUUAUACUAACUUUUUCAUGCUUAAGAACAGGGAAUAUGAAAUUAGAAGGUGGUUGUUUCCCCUUGGUACAGUUAUACAUGCGAUAAGUCUUGGCAGCAGCAGUUUUGUUGAAGAAGAACAUCAAACUUGGUAUUUCCUCUGGGUUACAUUUCUUGCACUGUUACUUUACAAUUCUGCUGCGAAAUUAUAUGCGCGUUUAGGAUUAAACUACAAACAGUAUUCAUUUGCGGAGACUUGUAUAAAAAUUCUAUUACUACUGAUAGGACAUAGAAUUCUUAGAAAAUUAAACAGUACUGGAGAUAAAUAUGCUCAUCUUCCAGACAUAGCAGGAUUCUUGGUAGAACAAGAAAGUAUGUUGGGAAUGACAGUUAUACUUAUUAUUGCCCUUAUACUUCUUAUAUGGCUUGAUUUUACACAUGAAGAGGGAAAGUAUAAAAAACAAUCUUUAAUAAUUAAUGUAAUCAUGGGUAUGUGUAUUUACUUUCGUCAUAUGCACAACAAUAGUGUCAACAAAUUACCAUUAUAUCCUCAAUCUAGGAGAUUAUACGAAGUACAAAUCUUCUGGGUAUUACUAGCAAUUAACUUUUUUAAUUAUAUUUAUCGUUUAGUGUUAACCAUUCAAUACAAUCAGGUAAUAUUUUUAAAAACAACAUUAUAUUUCAUUGUACGAAUGUGGAUCAUGAUAUCAGCAAUGAUACAUCAGCCACAUAAUGUGAUUCUUUUGCCAUUACAAAUAAUUUUUAGUAAUGUAAUUCGCGCGAUACUGCAGAACAAUAAUAUUCAACAAAUAAAUGUGUUUGUGUACGUAUGGAUGGGCAACGUAUUUUAUUUUUAUCAGGGAAAUUCAAAUAGUCUGGCAACCAUUGAUGUGGCCGCUGGUUAUGUUGGUAUACAAUCGUAUAUACCACUUGUUAAUGGAUCAUUAUUAAUAAUUAAUACCUAUUCUGCGUCCGUUUUGGCGUGUCUUUUGCUAAUUCACCAAGUACUAUCACAAUAUUCAUAUAAUUCUUGCGAGAUUAUUAUGCAAAUAAGUAAAACGUACAUUACUUGUAAAUUAUUACCACUAGCUGUGUAUACAAUUAUAAUCAGCAUCCAACGGCAUCAUUUAUUUAUAUGGUCGGUAUUUUCGCCGAAAUUAUUGUAUGAAGCUGUACAUUUCUUUGUUAUUUGCAUUAUAAUAUUUAUCAUAUUAAUUUUGAUUAUGCUACAAAAAAUAAUAAAUAACUGUAAUAGAUGAUGCAAUAUUUUUUAUUUUUUUUUAAUCGAAGUGUCAUACGCGAGAUAUAAAAAUAUA